AUGUGCUUUCGCUUGCAAAGUGGCUCAGCCAGUCUCAACGGUUUCGAGAUCCCCCGCACUUGGCUCAAAGGUCUCUCUGACUGCGCAAACCGACCUCUUUCCGUUGUGCGCGUCGCGAUGGACGACAACGACAACGGCGCGGGCUCGGCCGACCACGAGCCGUUCUACCCGGCCGCCGUCCGCGUCCUGGUCCUGAGCAAGACGGCCGGCUACCGCCACGAGUCGAUCCCCUCCGGCAUCGCCGCCCUGCACCGCCUCGGCUCCACGUCCUCGGUGCCCGUCGUCGCCCACGCCACCGAGGACUCCCGGGACCUGCUCGGCAUCUCGCCCGCCGAGUACCACGUCGUCGUGCUGCUGCAGACCUCGGGCGACUUCCUCGACGCGGCCGAGCUCGCGGCCCUGAGGGCGUACGCGCGCGCCGGCGGCGGGAUCGUCGGGAUCCACUGCGCCGCGGCGGGGAUGCCGCCUGGCGAGGGCGGGAGCGGCAACGCGGUCGACGGGGACGGGUGGUACGCCCGCGGUCUGAUCGGCGCCGCGUUCGCGGGCCACCCGGAGCCCCAGUGGGGCGUCGUGCGUGUCGCGGAUCCGGAGCACCCCAUCUUGGCCCGGGGUAAGGGACUCAGCAGCAUGGAGAAGCCGGCGGAGGGAGGUGCGCUCGAGUGGAAGUGGUACGACGAGUGGUACAACUUCCACACGAACCCGCGGGACAACAACCACGUGCUGCUCACCUGCGACGAGUCGUCCUUCGAGGGCGGCACGAUGGGCGAGGACCACCCGCUGGCGUGGUGUCGCGAGGUUGACGGGAUGCGGUCUUUCUACACGGCCCUGGGCCACUUUGACGAGGCGUACACGGAUGAGACUUUUAUGGCGCACAUUCUGAAUGGUAUACUCUGGUCCGCAAGGAGGAUUUGA